AUGGGUAAUCAAGCCUCAGCCUUACCCAAAGAACAGUUGGAGCGGCUACAUCAUGAAAGUGGACGUAAGUACUAUAAAAAACUGUUUUAUUUUUACUUUAUAUAGCAAUUGUACUGACGGUUUGAAAGUACAGGCUACGCUUUAAAACCCCUCACUAAACUGGCCUGGUUCUUCAUAUUUAAACCGAGUUGAAAAAAUUUUAAAACGAGCCAGUUCAGACCAGCUGAGGACCGAAAAUCAAUGAAAGCUCCAGCGGUUUUGUUUAGGCAGCGAAAGAGGAACUGAAAAUACAAUUACUAGGUCUGGACCGGUAUUUAGCCGACUCGAACCAAAACAAAUAUGAAAGCAAGCCGGCCUGGAUCGUGCAGGCUUUAAAGUCAAAACUAAGUUUAGGCCUGAACGGCCCGGCCAAUAUUUUUUGUCUACACCUGAAAGGGGGCUUACUAGGCCCAGUCCGAGACCAAACCGGACUAAGCUGAAGAAAGUUUAAAACGAGGCAAGCCAGGCCGGAUUGUGUGGUAUCACAGGCCGGAUGUAACUAAAGGCUCUUGGGCGCAGCUUAGAAAUGGCAAUCAAAAUUUGCAAAAGCGCUUACUAAACUUGAGCCUGUUCUGGGCCAAGGCGGUCCUGCCCAAACCAAAUUUCAAUAGUUUGGGCCAAGGCGGGCCUAGCUAAACCGGAUUUCAAAAGUCUGGGCCAAGGCGGGCCUAGCCAAACCGGAUUUCAAAAGUCUGGGCCAAGGCGGUUCUGGCCAAACCAAAUUUCAAAAGACUGGGCCAAGGCGGGCCUAGCCAAACCGGAUUUCAAAAGUCUGGGCCAAGGCGGGCCUAGCCAAACCGGAUUUCAAAAGUCUGGGCCAAGCUUAGCGGUUAUCUAUGCUUUUUAAUAAUUUAAGAAACAUUGUAGUUACAAAAUCGAGCAUAAAAAUGUUGUAUGAGAGGUUCGAAACGCUAGCCAAAUUGAAAGAUGACAACUUGAAUCAAUUGUUCUUGACGCCUGAAGACUUUGAGGAGAUCCCGGAAUUGCUACGAAAUCCUCUUGGCUCUAGGCUUAUUCAAGCCUUUUUUUGCGGCUGCUGA